ACAUUGUUUCUGUAGCGUCAAGGGUGUUCCACAUGUCAAAGGUUUUUAAAGUCUAACUUGUCAGCCUGGGUAGCUAUUGCUAUAGUCAGCUUCCACCAAAACCACUAGCUAGAUGUUUUGCCUUCUGGGGAUUCUCCUCCUGUGAAUUUAAAAGCCCUUGACAAAAAAUCUGUGUGUUUCUUCUUCUUCUACGUUUCUAGUUCUUUAUUUUCUCGAGGUCUUUGUAGUUCUCAAAGGUUGCAAGGAAUGAUCACCAUGAGCAGGAGCCCUGUUAUUGUUUUUUUCUUCUCCUUGUUGUUUCUAGCUCCCUCUUGCCAUGCUGCGACUAAUACGCUAACCAAAGGCCAAUCGAUUAAAGAUGGUGAAACCUUGAUAUCUGUUGAUGAAAACUUUGAGUUGGGAUUCUUUAGCCCUGGAAAUUCCACUUCAAGAUAUGUUGGUGUUAGGUAUUCCAAGAUUCAGGACCAGGCUGUCAUCUGGGUUGCUAAUAGAGACAAACCAAUAUCUGGUACUGAUGGAGUCUUGAGGAUAGGUGAAGAUGGGAAUUUGAUGGUUGUAGAUGGAAAUGGAAGUUCAGUUUGGUCAAGCAAUGCUUCAUUUGUGUCUAGUAACACAACAUUAAUGCUUGACACUACAGGCAAUCUUAUUCUCUCAAGCAAUGAUAGUAUUGGUGACACAGAUAAGGCCUAUUGGCAAAGCUUCAAUAAUCCUACGGAUACGUAUCUGCCACACAUGAAAGUUCUUAUAGGUUCUGCAGAGAUUCAUGCCUUCACUUCAUGGAAAUCUACAAGCGAUCCUUCACCAGGAAACUUCACCAUGGGAGUUGAUCCUCGCGGAGCACCACAAAUAGUGGUUUGGGAGCAAUCGAGAAGAAGGUGGAGAAGUGGGCAUUGGAAUGCGCAAAUAUUCUCAGGUGUGCCAUCUAUGGCAGCUUCUACCACUUACCGAUAUGGAUUUAAGGUCACUCCUGGAAACGAUGGAAAGUUUUAUUUAACAUACAAUCCAUCAGAUCCUUCUGAAUUGAUGAAGUUUCAAAUAACUUGGAAUGGGUUUGAAGAGCAGAAAAGGUGGAAUGAAAGUACAAAGGCGUGGCAAGUAAUGCAAUCACAGCCUUCUGAAGAGUGUGAGAAAUACAAUCACUGUGGAAAUUUUGGAGUCUGUACUCCAUCGGGAUCUCCCAACUGCAGAUGUCUAGAAGGGUUUCAGCCAAGGCAUCCAGAUCAGUGGAGACUAGGAAAUUGGUCAGGAGGAUGUGAAAGAAGGUCUCCUUUACAGUGCCAGAGGAACGCCAGUAAUGGUGGAGAAGAUGGGUUCAAAGCAGUAAGGUGCACGAAGUUGCCUGAUUUUGCAGAUGUGUAUCAAUUGUCCUCUGAUGAUUGCAAAAAAUGGUGUCAAAAUAACUGUUCGUGUAAGGCGUAUGCGCACGUCACUGGGAUUCAAUGCAUGAUAUGGAAUGGGGACUUGACUGAUGUCCAGAAUCAUAUGCAAAGUGGGAACACCCUGUACAUGCGUCUCGCGUAUUCUGAAUUAGAUCACAGCAGGAUGUCUACUUAUGUGAUAGUACUGAUAGUUUCGGCUGGACUGGCCUUCCUAGCCAUCUGUAUAUGGCUACUGUGGAUGCUCAAAAAGAAACUCAAAGCUACCUCAGCUUCAAUGUCGACAAAUCAUGAAUUACAAGUUUAUGAUUUGAGCAGAAGUAAAGAGUAUACAACAGAUCUUUCUGGACCUGGUGACCUUGUUUUAGAAGGGAGCCAAGUUAAUGGUCCAGAUUUGCCAAUGUUCAACUUCAACUUUGUUGCAGCUGCAACAAACAAUUUUUCUGAAGAAAAUAAGCUUGGGCAGGGGGGAUUUGGCCAUGUUUACAAGGGCAAGCUUCCUGGAGGAGAGGAAAUAGCAGUAAAGAGGCUUUCAAAAAUCUCUGGCCAAGGCUUACAGGAGUUCAAGAAUGAAAUUAUUCUGAUUGCCAAAUUGCAGCAUAGAAAUCUUGUUCGAUUAUUGGGAUGCAGCAUUCAGGGUGAUGAGAAGAUGCUGAUUUAUGAAUAUAUGCCAAAUAAAAGCCUGGAUUACUUCCUUUUUGACCCUGAGAAGCAAGGGCUAUUAGAGUGGAAUAAACGUUUCGAAAUAAUUGAAGGGAUCGCCAGAGGCCUUCUUUAUCUCCAUAGAGAUUCAAGACUACGAAUCAUUCACCGGGACCUGAAGGCUAGUAACAUUUUGUUGGACGAGGGAAUGAACCCAAAGAUUUCAGACUUCGGCAUGGCCAGAAUAUUUGGCGCUAACCAAAAUGAAAUAAACACAAACAGAGUUGUUGGCACAUACGGUUAUAUGGCACCCGAAUACGCCAUGGAAGGCCUAUUCUCAGUGAAGUCUGAUGUUUAUAGCUUUGGAGUAUUACUUCUAGAGAUUGUCAGUGGCCGAAGGAAUACUAGCUUCCAUAUGACAGAUCACGUUAUCCUUAUUGCUUAUGCAUGGGAUCUUUGGAGUGAAGGUAAAGCAAUGGAGAUGGUUGAUCCUUCCAUCCGAGAUUCAUGUAACGAAAACGAAGUGUUGAGAUGCAUACAACUUGGCAUGUUGUGUGUGCAAGAUUCUGCACUUCAUAGACCAAACAUGGCAUCAGUGGUACUCAUGCUGGAGAGCAGCACAACAAGCAUUCCAUUGCCUAGGGAACCCACUUUUACUUCUGUCAGAGCCUCUAUAGAUACAGAAACUUUUAUGGAAGCACAAGAAAUCACUUCGUCGAAUGACUUGACAGUUUCAAUGGGAGAAAUUUCAACCAUAAGCAACGAGGUUGUGGAUUGAGAGCAGGCUAAUUACAGGCUUAAGCCAAGAGCACUUUCACAAGCAGAAACUGUCACCAAAAAUACUGUGGCCAAUCAAUCUUGUGUUCAAAUCAGCCAGCAAUCCUUACCACUUUUUCAAUGUAAAUUAUUCAUCACCUGUAUAUAAAACAAAGGAUAUUUUAAGCUGAUAGAUCUUCCUACCUA